AAGAUUUGACUGGGACCUUUGCUGGGACGCAGCGAGGCCGAAAACCCUCACCCAAAUCAAGGUUUGGACGGUCGAAAGCGCAGCGCUGGAAUCGAGUUGCUCUUGUUUGGAUAUCUCGCAGUACACUACUCCACAGCAACAAUGGUUAACAUUCCCAAGACUCGACGAACAUACUGCAAGGGCAAGGAGUGCCACAAGCACACUCAGCACAAGGUCACCCAGUACAAGGCUGGCAAGGCUUCGCUGUACGCCCAGGGAAAGCGCAGAUACGAUCGUAAGCAGAGAGGUUAUGGUGGUCAGACCAAGCAGGUUUUCCACAAGAAGGCCAAGACUACCAAGAAGGUCGUCCUCCGCCUCGAGUGCACCGUCUGCAAGACCAAGGCCCAGCUCCCGUUGAAGCGAUGCAAGCACUUCGAGCUCGGUGGUGACAAGAAGCAGAAGGGACAGGCUCUCCAGUUCUAAGCGCUUUACCUCGCUUUCCGUUCUCUCCUUUUCAACAUCCAGCACGAAAAAAAAAGCUCAAUCCUCUUUCUUUUCUCAGUAUUAUAUCCAUUUUCUUAUUUGUUAUGUCUUGGCUUUGAUCACCUUCAGCACAAACGCGAUUUAUUUCCCGACGGUAUCUCGAUUUAGGAACCGGGAUUGUUGGUCAGCGGGCAAAAUGUACAGAUAGAAAGAUAAUAAUUAUGAACGAGAUUAAAAAAAGACACUAU